AUGGAAGACCUGCUCGCGCAAGAGUGGGCUGCCGCAGAGCAUGUUCGAGGCCUUCUGAAGAGCGGCCAGUUGGGAAUCGUUGAGCUCCCGACAAUAUUCAGGGAAUAUCGCGUGCUCGCACAAAAAGCCAUUUUUGCCGACUUCCAGAAUGUCGAAUACCGCGAGUCGAGAUUGUGGGACUUGCACCAGGAAGGCCGCAAGAUCUUGCACAAGACGCUGCAGAGACUCCGCCACGAACCUGGUCGGGUAGUUGAAGAGCGAGAAUUCGUCAAGCUCUACAUUCAAUUCUUGAGGGAGAGUGACAAACACUACCGCCAGUACAUCUACCAACUCAACCUGGCCUGCGGCGGUAUUCCUGAGCUCGAGCAUGCAGCUCUUCAGGUCAAGCCAAAUCGUGUAGGCGAAAGCCCACAGCCCGUGCUUGGACCUCACUUUCACCAGCUAGCACUUGAGUCUUGUCAUCGGAGCCUGAUCUACCUUGGUGACCUCAGCCGCUACCGUGCCACUGAAAAGCUGGAUAAGGAGCCCAAACUGAACGGAGCCAAGGGUUACUACGAGCUCGCUGUGAACCUCAAACCUACAUCUGGGCUGGGUCAUCAUCAGCUGUCCGUCAUUGCGCUCGAGCAACGAAAUCACGUCACCGUGAUCUAUCACCUCUAUCGUGCUCUCUGUCUGCCUGAACCGCACCCGCGCGCGGCCGCUAACCUCGAACUCGAGAUCGCCAAGAUCAACAGCGACUGGGCGAAAGGUGGGUUGAUCCAGAAAACCGGCCCCACUGAUCAAGAUGGUCCCCAGCGCGCAUUAGAGGGAUGGUUUGCACGUUUGCAUGGCAUGUGCUACAAGGGCGAUUCCUUCCGCGGGUACGAGGAGUUGGAGCGUGAGAUCAUCAACCAGCUGUCCAACGGCAUCAAGCAAAAGCAGUGGCCUAUCGAUCACUUGCUUAUGCGCAUGGUCCUCACCAACAUUGGCGCCCAGUCUAUAGCUGGCGAUCGCUACCAAUGUAAGUCCCAUGCCAAGAUCUAAUGGAUAGAUGCUAAUUCACCAUCACAGCAAUACAAGAUGUGCAAUCCGAGCACUCGUUUAUGCACUACGUUCGUAUCAACGUCAAGACAUUCGGCACCCUUCUUCGCACGUUCUCUGAGGAUCUUCGUGCGACCAUUCUUCGCGUGGAGGAUCCAGAUGCCGAGCUAUCCGACUUUGUGACCGACACGUGUCGCCGCUUACUUCCAUGUCUUCGGGUUUACACCAAUUGGCUCCUCGCGAAUCUUCGCAUGGUCGGUGGUCUUCGUCACUACGAUCAGAUUGAUCCGGGCGUUGCUGAGGCGUUGGUGCAAUUCUGGUCAUCCUACGCCCAGGCUCUGGACUUGGUCAACCAAGCGUUUCCCGUGUGGGAUCUCGACGAGAGCGCAAAAGUCGAAUACAUGCUUGAAGAGGACAUCGAUACUCUGCAAUUCUUGCCUGUUACGGAGGAACAAACGAUUGCUACCUGGUACAUUGGCUCUUCCGGUGUCCAGAAGCCCCUUUUCACGGACCGCAAUGUGGUGCGUCGCUCGCCGGACGAGGAGAUGCUUUACCGUAUCAGAGAUUUCUUGAACAAGGGUAUCACCCUUGCCUUUCACGAAACGGCUGCGCCUAUCCAUCUGCAGGGCUCUCGUGUCUUUUUUGAACAUGAAGGCAAUGUUGAGCCUCUCGUGCUGCAGCCCGUCGAGGUCCAGGAGCCGGAAACACCCUUGCCUAGCCGUCCGGCGGAGCAGAAGCCGAAGACCGUUAGUUACGCUGCGGCGGCUGCGAACGGACAUGCGAAGCAAGCACGGCCGCCACCUGCCUCGAGAAUGAUCUCAUCUAAGGCCCAGUCGCGCGAUGCUCUACUCAGCCGUAUGGUGGAUGAUCUAGUGGACGAUGACGACGGCUCCAACUCCAGCACGCCCACUAAGCAUGCUCCGAGCAAUCCGGCUGUCGUCACUAACGGUGCUGGCCGACCGCUUCCUUCGCAGAGCCCCAACGGCCUUCAAAAUGGCCAGAAGCACGUCCGCCGGGGCAAUGGCCCAUCCUCGAAGGCCGUGGGUCACCGGCCAAAUCCGAUAGCAAGACCGACCCAGCAGAGACCGGCGUACGCACAUCAGGACCGCAUGCAUUCCGUUUCCAAGAUUUGGGGUAAUGGCUCUAUGUCUUCCGCUCCAUUUCCCAGCGGGCUGCCUACCGGUACUCUCGCUUCGCCUGUCCAACCGCCAGGUCAUGGCCAUUCUCGCGUGACCUCUGCGAGUAGUGCUCGCAGUAGAAGCUCGCUGAACGUCAUGGAUUCUUGGACUUCGGCUGACGCUGCACCACGUGUCCUUCCCGACAGCGUCAUUCCAGGUACUGAGUAUAGUGUUUAUCCCAGCCUCGAUCAAACCGGAAUGACUAGCCCGCUUCUCUUUGGUGCUGGCGGAAGCGUUUGGAGCCCUGCUGCCUCGAACGGAUAUGGCAACACAACCUCAUCUCAUGGCCGCGGCGGUUGA